AGGUAUAAAUGGCGCGGGCACAAAACCUAAGAAAUUCUGCCAGAUUUAAUUACUUCGGAUUACAGUGAAGUUAUGUUGUUUGUCAUUUGAAAAGUCGUUUGUGUCGCGGUGCUAUUCUCAUGCGUGGACAUAAAGUGCAUUGUUGUCGACCUGUGGGAACAUUCGGCAUGCUGCUCGAUUUAUUUGUGGGAUUUAAAACUAAUUUUUGUUUGUUUGUAUUGCUGCUACGGAAGUGACGAAUAACAUUAAAGGAAAUCACGGGAACACGGAUAUGCAACCAGGAACGUUUAUUUAAUUCAAACGCCAAGUAUUUUUGUGCACAAGUUUCAUACAAAUAAGACGUACUUCGUCAUGCGAUUGACCUAAUCAUGUUUUUAAAAUUAGCUAUCUGAAAAUUGAAAGAGGCUUAUGCCAAAAAUGUAUUUUUCACAAGAGACACUUGUAUACUCAUCGAAACCACAUACAAUUAACUUCGCUCAACCGCGCGGCGCUCGCGAAACUUGGCCUCAUGCACGGCGUACAGUGUUGUCCACGAUUAGCCUGUGCUAAUGGGGAACGACACUUUCCGUCUAAACUUGAUUUUGGCUUUAAUAUAAUUCCUUUAAACGAAAAAUUACAUACAUGCGGAAAGUAUAAUCCCUGAUAAGCCUAUCCGGACUGCAAGGCUUAUACGAAAUACGCUUUCCACAUUUUUAUGCAUGGAGCGCGAGAACGAAACUCAUAUAUUAAGUUGGCUUAAACAUCAAACAUCGAGAAGCAUGUAUGUAUAUACGUGCAGGUAUCAAUGACCUAAUAAUUCGCCACUAUUGUGCUGCCAAAACUAAUUACCAUUGCCUCCAUGUUACUACAAUUGCUUGCGUAUUCAUGUAGUAAUGAAGUAAAAACACAAACACCUCUGUAUAUAUCUUCCAAAAAAUCUAACACGUUUGCUUCCUUCGGGCGUAUUAUUCUGUGUGCUACAAAAUUUACAACAUUUUCGUCGCUUUUAUUAGGGACAUGAGGUUGAUUCUAACUUAAGAUAAAUGAUGUACAUUUAUCUCCGCAAGCGCAGUGGUGGACACAAUGAGCUUGUUAUUCUUAGAUGUGAUACGCGUGCAGUUAACACGAUUAUCUUAAUCUAAAAUAAUUCAAAUGUAUUUAAAUAAGCCCAAUAAAUAUACAAAUGUAUAAUAAAUUAGUUAAUUGCCGGCACUAACUCAUGAAUUUGAACGUCGGAUAUGUCACGGUACAGAUCCGGCACUAAUUAGAUUUGUUCAACAAUCAGGGGUACAAUUGCUACGAUUCACUAUUUUGUUGACCGUACAUGCUGGAUAUCAGAGCAUUACAAAGACCGACUUAUGCGAAAUUGUGAUUGGAAUUUGAGGAAAAUAAAACAUCCUAACGGAAUGUAUUACUCACCUGUGCACAGUAACCCUGAACUUCAGCUUUCAAUCAUGUUAGUCAAUUUAGCUGUGGCGAAUUUAAUUUCGCUUAAAUUGGUACAUUUACGACCAGGGCAUGUGUUUUGUUAGAAUUAAUCGCAAUUACCUAUAUCUCUGUGCGUCGCAACUGAAGUACAUCGUACGUUGACCUGCAAAGUCGAGUGUUAUUUUUCGUGGAUUUGUGACAUUUGUUGGCGUUUAUACAAUUAUAAAUAUGGACUGUCUGUCGAGACAUUAAUUACUAAUAUGUUUCUUGUGUGUGAGAAAAACUCAUCUUGCAUGAUAAUACAUGCGAACUGGAUCAACUUAACAACGUACACGAAUUUCUGUUUAUAUAAUCAACUUAAGAGAUUAUGUACAAAGGCAUAUAACCGUCGGUUUAUAAAUGACAAGUACAUACGAUAAAGUUCCCGCAAAAAAUUGAAGCGUUAAAAUACACCGAAUAUGUCUUGAACAAAAAUAUGUAUGCUAAAUUAAUGAGCUAACUAUGUAACAUUCACAUUACUUUUUUAUCGGAAGGAACCUUCGUUUGGAAAACGCUCUACGGAGAUGUCAAGAGGAAUAUUUCGCUUCACUGGAAUGAUUGUUGAUCUUUCCAUCUCCAUAUCUGACAACUUCUGGAAUUACCUCUGGGCACGAGAACCGGCACCGGAUGUUGAGCAGACCACGUGCAUAGACCAGAGCAAGUCCGUUGACUAUGAUGGUCUUCUGGAGUGCUUGAAGAAGGCCUAUGGAGAACAGGCAAUCUACGUUCAGAAGCAGGCUGUUGCAUUGCUAAGGAACAGAUACCGCGGCAACAUAAGCAGAUUCAUGACUGACUUUCUAAUGCCAGCAUUGGAGAUGCUUAUACUCUUGCAAGAGAAAGAGCAAAGCCGUAUUCUUCAGAACAGUUACCCAGGAAACCAACUGGUUGACGAAAAAUGUGCUAUCCAACAUCAUAAGGCAGGUUGCAAAAAUGCUGAAACAUACAUGUCAUGGAGUUUGUGUCAUAUUUGUGGCAAUAUAAAGGAAUUUAUUUCAGAGAGCUGUGAUAACCCAACUGUAUGUGAUAAAUGUGAUAAGUGGCCAGUUGUAUGUAAGUCAUAUGUGGUACUUCAUCUGUCCCCUAUUUCCCGAGAUAAACUGAAAAGCGGGGACUUCUAUUUCUAUGUGAAAGUAAACGAUUCUACUAAGGCAGCAGAGUUAUGGGUUCAGUACUGCAACUCUAGUGGAAAAAAGGGCGAAUUGAAAGUACCAACUGAAGAUUUUGGGUACAUUUUCACUAUGGAUUGGAAAAGUGAAAUGAGGUCUGCCGACGAAGAUCUUGGCGACACUUUACGAGACUGCCUCACCACUCUUGAAGAGAGCAUUCAUCGUCUCAAAUGGCAGGAAAUUCUCCCGACAAUGGGUAACUACACGCAUUCUGGGGUGAAAUUAAAACAGUCCAGCAUUCAUUGCUCGGUAAUGGAAGGUGACAGAGUGAAGAAUCUUAAAGACCAGCAAAACAAUUGCAUGAAAUGUGUGAAUCGGAAUAACAGUGACUUUGGAAAUAACUUCCAUGGACCCAUGCAUCAUACGGUGGAGACGACCAAAUCAAACAGCGGUUCACCAGACCAGCGAGGGUCAAGGUCACAUGGGUUGGUGAGCACAGACGGGCGUGAGAUGGACAACGCUAAGAGCCCGCGAAGUCCACGGAGCCCAGGCUUGCACCAGCAUAGACACCUUGAGCCACCCAAAACGAUCCUAGACGUGGACUAUCAACUGCUGAAAUCUGGUGUGGCCAUAUUGCCAGGUGCAAGAGACCUGGACGGCAAUGCGGUGGUUCUCAUCUUCACCAACAGUUCUCUCUGGAAGAACCAACUGGUGGCCAGCACGGACUUUGCCCGCCUCAUCAUGUACUACUACUCAGUGCCAAGGGAGACAGUGCGGUGUAGAGGUUUUACUGUAGUUGCAGAUAUCCGUGGUUGUACGGCCUCCAUCAUCAACACCCUCCUGGAAUCUCUCUAUCUGUUUGAGGGUAACACACCGGGUUCCAUCUCAGUGGUUCAUCUUCUCUCGGAUCGCAACACCCAGUCCCUGGUGCUGAAGUCCCCUAUCUACGACGUGAGGGCCUCAUUCCAGACACGCUUUAAGAAGCCGAUCAACAUCUUGCUGUCCCCAGCCCUCCUGUGUUCCUACAUAUCAGCUGACCAGCUCCCUCCUGCCCUUGAAGGAACAUUCCAGUAUAACCAUGACGACUGGAUACGCUUUCACAUGCGACUGGACCCGUUCCUGGCCAGCUGUCGGGCUGUAGGGCGGUACCUUGUCAACGUGAUACAAGAGCUGUCUGUGGUUGAACAGGUGCCCGCGUCUGCCAAGGAGGCCUCUCAUCUCGUCAACCACCACGAGAAUCUCGUGCGGGCCACGUUUGAGGACCCGCGGGUAACCCGUCUUCAGCAGGAGGGUGAUGCCAUGCUGCAGUCCCUAGUCAGGGAGGAAGUGAAUAUCGGCCAUACGGAUGAUUACAGGUACGGGAUGGAAGACAUCACACGCCUCUACCGCCAUGUGCAUGACACGAUCUCACGCCUCAUGCGCCUCUCGGACACCCGAAUCAACCGGCUAGAGAAGUGCCUGCAACUCAAAGACUUUGAUGAGGAAUGCAGCAAGAUCAUCUCUUGGCUGCACACGCAGGGCAACGAGUGUCUACAGCGCCACCUGGCCAUGGCCGACAACCUCAAAGGGAUUCGGCAACAGCAGAAGGACUUUGAGAAAUUCUACUUUGCUGCCAUGAGUCACAUAGAGAAAGGCAAUGACCUGUUGGAGGAGGCCAGUGUGCUAGCGCAGUCAGGGGACUUUGAUGAGGUCACGGGGUACAAGGAGCUUGCCAAGAUGCUGAAGCGCCACCUACAGCAGUUCUCAGAGAGACUCGAGGAGGCAAGGGAGAGAAUUGAGGGCACAACUAAAUGUUACCAGCUUCUGGACAAGACAUACGAAUGGGCUCUAGAAGCUAUGAAAUAUGUGGCAAGUAUGAAAAUGGAGCAUUGUGCCACGCCAGAGGGGCUGGAGAAACUGUUAAAAAGCCUUGAGCUGUACCUGCAAGAACAUCCGCCAAUUGUGGACGACACUUUCUCCCAGAUGUCUGAUCUCGCUAAGCAGUUGAACAAUGAUAAACUCUUAGACCAGUGCCUCACUGCACAAAACAGGUGCCUGGAAACACAGAAGAUGUUGCAACUUCGAGGAAAAACACUGCAGCAAUUCAGGGAUCAGUUGGAACAAGAUGCGUCUGCUUCAGCCACGAGGUCGUCUGCUUCACUAAAUAUAAAUACAAAUCAAAGAACUUCACACGACUUUCCCAAAUACUCUUCCCAUAGUGCUGUUUCUCAAUUUAAAAGUGAUAUUAAUCAGUUUCCGUCUCACAGUGGCGGUAAACCUUCUUGGGACCCAAAAGACUUCAGUACACCGGUAGUGCCUAAGACAUAUUCAAGAACUCAGUUGGAGAGGGUGAAAAACUCAUCUUCACUAUCAUUAUCUUCUUCAUCUACUUCAUCACCAAGUCAUUCUAUUGCAUCUCCUUCCUCUUCAAGCAUUACCUCCAGUUCACCUUGCCACUCCACGGAAACCUCACCACUUCACUCCUAUUCCCAAACACAAGCAUCAAAUGAGCGCGUGUCACAUGAUCAAAACAAGGAUUCAGAACAGGGCACAUAUUCAAUGAAAAACUCAGUAUUGAGUGGUAACACUGACCAUUACAGUGAGUUUGAUGCUGGUGGUUUCCUGGUGCCUUCAAAUACAGUGCAACAGAGAUCAAAAAAGCAGUUCAAAGGUGCAAUAUCACCACUAUCUGGGAGUGCCUCUUCACCAGCCAUUGUUGAAGAGGAUUCAGGGGGGAGAACUGUGGAGUCUGACAAGAGUAGAAUUGCCUCCCUUAGACAGAAUGGCAGGACAGAUAGUAUCAUCACUGGGAGUUCAGACAGCUUGCCCAGUCUCCCAGAAGAUGAUGAGUCUCCAUUGCUGGUCCCCCAAGUAAGGAGUAAAAUAUCCAGGAGUGCCACCACUGAGCAGCCAUAUGUGCGGCGUGAGUGGACCCCUGUGCCGGUCAACUCUCACCUCACCUACGAUGAAACACUUAACACCCCUGUACGGCCUCUCGCUGAUCUCAAAUUGUCUGAGGAGGAAAUUAAAAGCAGAAGAACUUUGACGCUGAUCAUGAGUGAGAUGAUCCAGACGGAGAGGGACUACGUCUGCUCCCUGCAGUUCAUCGUGGACCACUACAUACCAGAAAUGGAGCGAGAAGAUGUGCCGCAGAUGUUGCGUGGAAAACGCAACGUCAUAUUUGGCAAUGUUGAGAAGAUCUACGCAUUUCACCAGCAGUACUUCUUACAAGAGCUGGAGGCCUCACGACGCAAUCCAUUCCUUAUAGCCAGAUACUUCCUCAUGCAUGAAUCCCAGUUUUACCUGUAUGCCCUAUAUAACAAGAACAAACCCAAGGCCGACGUUCUCAUGGCUGAGUACGGGAAAAUGUUCUUCAGGGAGAAGCAGCUAGAGUUGGGUGACAAAAUGGACCUGGCGAGCUACCUGUUGAAGCCAGUGCAGCGUAUGGGAAAGUACGCGCUCCUUAUCAAGCAGAUCCUUAAAGAGUGCCCCAAAACUGCUCCCGAGUACGGGGAUCUUCGGGCCGCUGAGGAGAUGGUGCGCUUCCAACUGCGCCAUGGCAACGACCUCCUUGCAAUGGAUUCAUUGCGAGAGUGCGACGUAAGUGUAAAUCUACCGGAGCAGGGGAAGUUACUCCGCCAGGAUGAGUUUCUUGUGUACCAUGGGCGGCGCAAGUUUAUGCGCCAUGUGUUCCUGUUUGAAGACCUUGUUCUGUUCAGCAAGACACGCCGCAGCCGGUCAGGGUUCCAGGAUACCUAUAUCUACAAGUUUGGAUUCAAGAUGUCCGAUAUUGGGCUCACUCAGGAUUAUGAGGGCUCCGGUUACAAGUUUGAGAUCUGGUGGCGGCGCCGCAACACAGGCGAGAGUUAUGUGCUGCAGGCAUCCAGCUCUGAGCAGAAGAAGGCCUGGGUCAAGGACAUGACCCGCGUGCUGUGGAACCAGGCCAUACGUAACCGAGAGAACCGCCUGUCAGAGCUGGCCACCAUGGGUAUUGGAAACAAGCCGUGCCUGGAUAUCAAACCCAGCUCCGACAAUAUCCAGGACAGAUUCAUCAACUUACCAGCCAACAACAGAGAAGCGCGUACACGAAACUCGAUAGCAGUCUGCUCUGUGGACCACCUGCGCCAGGGCAACAAGCGGCCCCACUCAAUCAUCUCUAUCAGCAGCAACUCAUCCUCCAACAGCAGCCAAUCAGGAUUCAACGCCAUGAACCUUGCCCUCAACCCUGUGGACAGCCCCCGCACGUACAGACGAUCCCUCACCUUCAUGUCCUCAGAGAGCGGUAUAGGGACCAGCAUAGCAAGCGGUGCAGAUUUUGAGCCGACCUUGAAGGGUGACCUUUCUGAUCUCUACCGCACACAGUCACCCCCGCCGUAUGACUUCAACGGUACACACCCACUGCAAAUGAACUCGGAGAGGGAGUUCGGGAAGCCUAGAGUCAUCAACCUGCCAUCACAUGCUGAGGAAGUGACCGAUAUUUGAGCCGCUUUAUGGGAAAAAUGGGCUUAAUGCAUUUGCGUAAAGUGUCGUUCUGGAUUAGCCUGUGCGGAACACACAGGAUAAUCACGGACAACACUUUUCAUUUUUAUGGUUUCAAAGGUACUAUCUUAUAAGUGAAAAAACAAGUUUAACCGGAAAGUGGUGUCUCUGAUAAGCCUGUGCAGACUGCCCAGGCUAACCUGGGAGCACUUUUUACACACAUGCUUAAUUCCAGAGCCAGGUUAAUCUGGGAGCACACUUUACACACAUGUUUAAUGCCAGGGCCAGGCUCAAAUGUUUUUUCGCAGACUUACUCAGGAUAAUGUGAUCAAUUAUCAAAUGAAACAUGGUUCUACAGAACUUGUAUUGCCAGUUGUACAUGCCUCAUGAGGAAGUGAUUGUGUUAUUGGACACAUUGCCAUGUUUGCAUGAAACAAAAGGUAGAACAAUAAAGAAAGGAGAUGAGAAAUCUGUUGCAAGUGUGAAUUGAUUGACACCAGUUGUAACAUAUCUUAUUGUGACUUGCAUACCUGUAGGGGUUCUUCAACAGAAGGGUCCUGGAUAUUGGUACGAGAACAAUGGCCACAAUUAAAUUGAUUAGUCCUGGUGAAAUUUGUGUAACAUCUUGCCGUUCAAUAUCUCUUCAAAGUAUUUUUAUUUCGACAUUGAAGGGCUCAUAGGAUUGGCAUGUAUUUUACACUUUAUACAAAGCUGAAACAGCUUUUUUAUUACAAUCUGUUUAAUACGGUUGGAAAUUUACCAACACAGCAAUAUGAUGGUGCUAUUAAAGUAUAUUAUAUUUAAUGCAGUUGUAAA